UUGGUGUAGCCUUUGCUCACUGUGUUGAGGGGUUAGUGCGUCUGGUCGAAGCGUGCCGAUCCCGAUUGAGGAUGAUGAGGCAAGCGCAGGCUUGGGCAGACGUACCGUAUCCGCCUUUAGAGAGAGUCUAAUGAAGGCGUGGAAGCAUGAGCGGCUGCAGUCUGAGCCAAGCACUUUCCCAUCAGACAACAAGCAACCAGGCGUGCAGAUGAGCAAGUACAAGCAUUGGAUGGGGCUGUGUGCGGAAGGCGCGGCACCACUGACCAUGCAAGGGCACAGUAGAGCAUUUUAUACCAGUUGCGCACCACAAGGCCUUGAUGAGGUUCCGCCUAUGCUGCUGGCCGCUUUCUGCCAACCGCGCCUAUGGACGACCUAGGGAGGAGAGGAUUUGCCCGUUAUGUGUUGCAAAUGAAGUCGAAGAUGAGGAUCAUGUGCUCAUGCGGUGUACGGCCUACGACCAGUUGCGUUCGGGUAGCGAGAUUGAUUGUACAGGCGGGAUGCAGGCCGUUAUGCAGAAUACGGACCCAGCCAGGUUAGCCGCAUUACUAGAUUCCGUUUGGGAGCACAGGAGCAGAAGCACCCCCAUUCGGGGGCCAAACCCUACCGCUACGCAGUACCCCGGCUUGCCCCCUCGGCCCAUCCCCUCUGUCCCAUUGCGCACCAUUGCAAGGCCAAAAACUGUGUUGCAGGCGUUAUAAGGGCCCCCCGGCCCGGCCCGGGCCUCGGUUUCUACAAGGACAGGAACGCACAUCGUGCUCAUCACCUUGUAACCACACACAACAGGAAGCGUGGUGCGCAUGG